CUGGGAUGUAGCGUGCUAUAGUAGAAAGAACAUGGGCUUCCCAGGAACUUGGAUUACUCUGAAAACAUUGUGGAAGAAAUUCCUUUUUAAGUUGGCAGAGCAUGAUUUUCACAACUCUUAGGCACGAGCAUUUAAUCGGCCCCAGCAACUAAAGGAAGACCUUCGGGAAUCCUAGUUUUCUCAGAACCAUCUGGAGAUCUGUUGGGGGACUGCGUGCUGUGACCAUACAAUCCUGAACAUUUGCCUGGAACAUGAACACUCGAAAACAAGUAUUACAAGACCGGGCCAUCGUCAAAUUAGCAGCUCAUUUGCCGGACCUCAUCGUUUAUGGAGAUUUCUCUCCAGAGCGACACUCGGUGGAUUAUUUUGAUGGAGUUUUGAUGUUUGUUGAUAUUUCAGGUUUCACCGCAAUGACGGAGAAGUUCAGCACGGCCAUGUACAUGGACCGAGGGGCUGAGCAGCUGGUGGAAAUCCUGAACUACUAUAUAAGCGCCAUUGUGGAGAAGGUGUUGAUUUUUGGAGGAGACAUCUUAAAAUUUGCAGGUGAUUCACUUCUCGCCCUGUGGAAGGUGGAGCGAAGGCAACUGAAAAACAUUAUCACCUUGGUAAUUAAAUGCAGCCUGGAGAUCCAGGGAUUGUUUGAGACCCAGGAGUCAGAAGAAGGCCUGGACGUCCGAGUCAAGAUAGCCCUGGCCGCUGGCCACAUCACCAUGCUGGUCUUUGGAGACAAAACCCGCAACUUCUUUCUGGUGAUUGGUCAGGUGGUGGAUGACGUGCGCCUAGCACAGAACUUGGCACAGAUGAACGAUGUCAUUCUGUCCCCAAACUGCUGGCAGCUCUGUGACCGCAGCAUGAUCGAAAUUGAGAGGAUUCCAGAUGAGAGAGCUGUUAAGGUUAAUUUCUUAAAACCACCCCCUACUUUUAACUUUGAUGAAUUUUUCACGAAGUGCUUGACUUUCAUGGCUUACUAUCCUUCUGGUGACCACAAAAACCUCCUGAGGCUUGCGUGCAUACUGGAGUCCAAUCCCGAGCUGGAGUCGUCCCUCCAGAAAUAUGUGAUGGAGAGCAUCCUGAAGCAGAUUGACGACAAACAGCUUCGGGGUUAUCUGUCUGAGCUUCGUCCUGUGACAAUCAUGUUUGUGAACCUGAUAUUUAAGGAACAAGAGAAAGCAGAAGUCAUAGGCUCGGCCAUCCAGGACGCCUGUGUGUACAUCAAUUCUGUCCUGAGGGUCUUCAGAGGCCAAAUCAAUAAAGUGUUCAUGUUCGACAAGGGCUGCUCCUUCCUCUGCUUUGGUUUCCCCGGGGAAAAGGCACCCGAUGAGGUCACUCAUGCCUUGGAAAGUGCUGUGGAUAUAUUUGACUUCUGCUCGCAGGUCCACAAAAUCCAUACUGUUUCUAUCGGCGUGGCCAGCGGGAUUGUCUUCUGCGGGAUUGUCGGACACUCUGUGAGACACGAGUACACAGUCAUUGGUCAAAAAGUCAACAUAGCGGCCAGGAUGAUGAUGUACUACCCAGGAAUCGUGACCUGUGACUCCGUCACCUACAACAGCAGCAACCUACCGGCCUACUUUUUCAAAGAGCUUCCAAAGAAAGUCAUGAAAGGUGUUGCCGACUCAGGCCCGUCUACCAGUGUCUGGGCCUCAAUGAGAAAGUGUGACAUGUUUGGUAUGGCAUACCUCACCUCCAACAGAAAUGAGGGUUACCCUUUGCUAGGACGUGAUGAGGAGAUCAAAUACUUCAGGUGCUCUAUGAGAGAAUUUUUGACAAGCAACUGCAGCCGAGUCCUCAUGUACGAAGGAUUGUCAGGAUAUGGAAAAAGCCAGAUACUUAUGGAAAUUGAGAGACUGGCCCAAAGUAAGAACCACAGGACUAUUGCUAUCGCGUUGACUAAGAUCAGCUUCCAUCAAAAUUUUUAUACCAUCCAGAUUCUCAUGGCCAAUGUACUAGGUCUGGAUACUUGUAGACAUUACAAAGAACGACAGAGCAACCUUCAAAAUAAAGUCAAUACCUUGCUGGAUGAAAAGUUCUACUGUAUUCUUAAUGAUAUUUUCCAUGUCCAGUUCCCUAUUUCACGAGAGGUUUCCACGAUGAGCACCUUGAGGAGGCAAAAGCAAUUGGAAGCAUUGUUUAUGAAGAUCUUGAAGCAAACAGUGAAAGAGAAAAGGAUUAUUUUCAUCAUCGAUGAGGGCCAGUUUGUGGAUUCGGCCUCCUGGGCCUUCCUGGAGGAGCUCAUCCGGACCGUUCCCGUCUUCAUCAUCAUGUCGCUGUCCCCCUUCCUGCACAUGCCCUGUGCCGCCGCCUGCACCAUCAUGAAGAACCGGAACACCACCUACGUCACACUGGGCGCCUUGCAGCCGAAGGACAUCCGCAACAAGCUCUGCCUGGACCUCAACGUCAGCGGCAUCUCCAAAGAACUGAACUCGUACCUGGUGGAGGGAAGCUGUGGGAUCCCAUUUUACUGUGAAGAAUUGCUAAAAAACCUCGACCAUCACAGGGUCCUCGUUUUCCAGCCGAUGGAGUCUGAGGAAAAGGCAAAUGUGACCUGGAAUAACCUGUUCAAGAAUUAUACUAAGCUAACAGAGGGAUUAAAACUAGUUACUCUCGGUGAUCAUAAGGAAAUUAAAGAAGUCUGUUACCUCACUGGUGAUGUCAGACUGAAAAACUUGUCACCACCAGCAUCCUUAAAAGAAAUCUCUCUGGUGCAGCUGGACAGCAUGAGCCUCUCCCACCAGAUGCUGGUGAGGUGUGCCGCCAUCAUCGGCCUGACCUUCACCACCGACCUGUUGUUUGAGCUUCUUCCUUGUUGGAACUUGAAGAUGAUGAUCAAGGCCCUGGCAGUGCUCGUGAAAUCCAACAUCUUUUAUUGUUUCCGGAAUGGCAAGGAGCUCCGCAUGGCUCUGAAACAGAACAUGGCUUCGUUUGAGGUGCACUACCGCUCCGGGUCUCUGGAGCCCACGGAAGGAAUGCCCUGUGGUCAUCAGGAAGAGCUCCGGGAGCUGGAAAGCGAGGUGAUCGAGUGCUACAUCUUCCGGUUCUGCAAGCCGGUGAUGCAGAAGACAGCCUACGAGCUGUGGCUGAAGGACCAGAAGAGGGCCAUGCACUUGAAGUGCGCCUGCUUCUUAGAAGAAAACGCCCACAAGUGCAAACGCUGCCUCAGUGGGGACUUCGUUCCCUACCACCACUUCACGGUGGACAUUCGGCUCAACUCCCUGGACAUGGACACCAUCAGGAAGAUGGCCAAGUCCCAGGGAUUUAAAGCUGAAGAAGAGAUCAUCUUUUCCAAAACAGAGAUUCCUAAGAAGUCUGAGAUGUUUCCUGAAAAUAUCAGUUUUGAAGAAAUCAGAGAAAAGGUCUUGAGUUUCUUUGACUCCAUUAUAAUAAAAAUGAGGACAUCUGAGAUAGACAUCAUCCCUUUGGAAUCUUGCCAGUGUGAGGACAUCCUAGAGGUGGUCACCAUGCCUCUGGCCCACCAUUUUAUGGCUUUGGGAGAAAAGAACAAAGCCUUAUAUUACUUCCUAGAAAUCGCAUCCGCCUAUCUCAUCUUGGAUGAUAACUACAUGGCAUACGUGUACUUGAAUGAAGGAGAGAGAUUGCUGAAAACUCUCGGGAAGAAAAAGUCUUGGAGUUACAUGUUUGAGUCCGCCACCUUUUAUAGCCUCAAAGGUCAGGUCUGUUUCAACAUGGGCCAGAUGACGCUUGCCAAGAAAAUGCUGCAGAGGGCACUGAAGCUCCUCAACCAUAAUUUUCCUUCCAACGUCAUCUCCUUGUUUCUCCAGACCCACGUUAAAAGUAACAGAUUCUUCCAAUACGUGGAUCAGCAGGCCCAAGAGAGCUUACCUCCAGGGAAGAAGAGGCUGGCACAACUUUACCAGCAAACCGCCUGCUUCUCCUUGCUCUGGAGGAUCUAUACCUUAAAUGGUUUUUUUCAUUACAAGUAUUACGCCCACCUGGCAGCCAUGAUGCAAGUGAAGUCGGCACUGGAAACGCAAGAUAAAUUCCAGAUUAUCAAGGCAUACCUGGACUAUUCAGUGCACCACCAGCAGGCCGGCUACCAGGGCAUGUGGUCCAAGUACGAGGUCAUGGCUAUAGAGCAGAUCAUCAACCUCCCGCUGAAAGGCGAGGGCAUUGAAAUCGUGACGUACGUGGUCGAUACGUUGGGAUACAACAAGCUCAUGACAGGUCACUUGGAGUUGGCCACUGACUUAGGCUCUAGAGCCCAGAAGAUGUGGGGACUGCUCCAGAGUCCCAACAAACAAUACAGGGUCCUCUGCUGGCUUAGUAGAUCGCUAUUACUGAGAAACAGACACAAGCAGUUGGUCCAGACGCUGGAGUGGCUGUGGGACCUGUCUGUGAUAGAAGAGCACAUUUUGAGCAAGGCCUUUUUCUAUUUUUCCUGCCUGGACAUCAUGCUGUAUUCUGGCUUUGUUUAUAGGACAUUUGAGGAAUGUUUGGAAUUCAUCCACCAAAGCGAAGACAACAGAAUCCUCAACUUCCACAGUGGAAUACUCCUAGGGCUCUAUUCGUGUACGGCUAUCUGGUAUGCCAGACUUCAGAACUGGGACUAUUUUCAUAUAUUUUCCAAUAAAGCGAAAAAUCUUGUGUCAAGAAAAACGCCGACUGCACUUUACUUCCAAGGAAUUUGUAGGUACCUGGAAGGGCAAGUGCUCUACCUUCAGAAGCAAAUUGAAGAGCAGUCUGAGUGGGCUCAGGACACUGGAGUUAUGCUCCUCAAGAGCUUGGAGACUCUGGUAGCUCAAAGUACCACUGCCAUCAUCUUCCAUCCGCGGUUGUACCACCUGAUGGCCUAUGUCUGCCUACUCAUGGGCAACGGGCAGAACUGCGACCUCUUCCUGAACACAGCCUUACAGCUCUCGGAGACACAGGGCAACAUGCUGGAGAAAUGCUGGCUCCUCAUGAGCAAGGAAUGGUGGUAUUCAAGCUCCGAGCUGUCCAAGGACCAGUGGCAUCAGACAGUCCUGAGGCUCCCGUCAUGGGACAAAGUUGUGUCCAGCAAGUUAAACCUGGACAUCCAAAGAAACAAAUUCCUGAUGAGAGUGAAUAUCCUGGACAAUCCUUUCUAACGUUUCCUGAAAGAAAAUGAAGAUUUUCAUAGUAAGUCUCAUUCUCUUGUGGUUAUCCAUUCCUAACCUUUCCCUGUGGCCAGCACCCUCCAGCUUCCUACACACCCUCUCUGUUCAGAUACAGAACCAGACAUGCUGGUUUCUUCUCUUUCUGGAGGAUCCACAAGGGCCGACAGUGUCGUGCUUUCCUUUCUCCCAGCCUCACACAGGCUGCCUUGGCCUUUCAUGUUGUGUGAGCUCGACCAGCUUAUUUCAACCCCAUGCAAAAUUGUUAUCACAUGGAAAAACACCAAUAUCAA